AUGCAGAAGGGCCAAUCAGUCGUGGCAUACGUGAAAGUCCCCUAUGAUGACGAGAUGUGCUGGAUCCUUGCUAACCUAAUAGAAGUUGAGACUACAGAUGGCAUGUGUGUGGUAGAGGACAUUGUAGAAGAACAGCCAAACAUGAAGAGAGAAUCCUACAGAGUCAGCUCCAAGCACGUCGUCAAGUUCCCACAGAGGGGGGCUGAGUACAAAGCAGGGGACAGGGUAUUAGCCGUAUGGUACGAGACAAACACGCAAAACUGGACAUCUAUUCUCUAUCCGGCGACUGUGCUCCAGGCGUAUCCGAGUACCAAUAUUCCUAGCUCUGUUGUUGUAAAGCUACGGUACGACGGCGACCCAAAGAUAUCCUAUAUAAACGCGCUGUGGGUCAUAGCAGCGCCGGAGCUGUAG